AUGAAUACCACCGCUAGCAGCAGCAGCACGGGGGGCGGGGAGCAUUUCCAGCGGUGUUGGAGGAUCCAGACUUGCCAGGGCUGUCUCGGCCAGGAGCCUGACUGCAGCUGGUGUCCCUUCUCCUGGACCUGCGUCCCCAACUCCAACCGGCUCCAGCUUCUCGCGCCGGCGUGGGACGAGAACGUCUGCCCCCACUGGGCCGAGCGGUGGGAAAUCCGCACGCGGCCGCUCGGCUGCCAGGUGUCGACCAUCACCACGCUCACUUCGCUCGUCACCGUCGCAUCCACGCUUGCCCUAGUGCUUCUCGUCACGCUAACCGUCCUCGGCGCCCGCGGGAUCAAGGCAUACAGCAAGAAGAAUCCCGGCUGGUGGAAGAUAUGGAGAUACGACUGGAGACGCGCGGCGUCGGAGUGCCGGAGGCGGCUUCGUGCGGGGUUAAGAUUCAAGGCCCAUGAUGCCGAUACCCGGAACCAAAACAGAGAGCAGGAACCGCUGUUACCAUCUUGA